AUGGCAACCACCCGCGAAAUCCCCAUAAUCAUUGGAGUCGGCGACAUCAAGAACCGCUCAACCGCCCUCGCCGACGCCAAAGAGCCUGCAAUACUCAUGCUAGAAUCCAUUCACGCAGCCUUGCAAGAUGCCUUUCCUCCAUCUUCCUCGUCGGUGGCGGAGCUCCAGGCUGCGAUUGAUAGUCUCGACGUAGUGAGGACGUGGACGUGGCCGUAUCCGGAUUUGCCGGGCUUGUUGGCGGAGAAGCUCGAGGUUGGGGCGAAGGUGGGGUGGAAGAGGUAUUCGGAGCAUGGGGGGGAUAAGCCGGGGAAGUUGGUGGAUGAGGCGGCGAAGAGGGUGGCGAGGGGGGAGUGUAGGGUUGCUGUUGUUACUGGAGGGGAGGCGUUGGCGUCUUUAUCCGCAUGUGCAGCAGCUCGGAAACUUCCCCCACCUGGUUGGACUGCCCCUUCUGAAGCCGUAGACUCGGUCUUCACACCUACCGGUCGUGAUCUAGGCAAUAAUCUGGGCGCGGUGCAUCAGAUUGGCGCACCGAUACACGUUUACCCCCUCUACGAGAACGCAUUUCGUGCUCACCGUGGACAAAGUGUGCAAGCGAACCACAUCGAGAGUGCAAAACUCUACGCCGAAUUUUCAAAAGUGGCAGAGCGUAACGAGUUUGCAUGGAAUCAGGGAAAGGCAGAUAGUGAGGAAGUUAUUGGGACGGUCGGAGGAAGAAACAGGAUGAUUUGUUUUCCAUAUCCCCUCCUCAUGAACGCCUUCAACACAGUCAACCUCGCCUCAGCAAUCAUCCUCACAUCCACCUCCUUCGCCCGCACCCUCGGUAUCCCAGCUUCAAAAUGGAUAUACCCCCUCGGUGGCGCCAGCACAAAAGACAGCGAUGAAUUCUGGAAACGACCAAACUUCUACACAUCACCCAGUAUAUCUCGCUCCAUCGACACCUGUCUUGAGCUCUCUGGGAUUUCGGCUUCCGACAUCGAUCUCCUGGAUAUAUACUCUUGUUUCCCCAUUGUUCCCAAGAUGGUUGCUACGCAUCUGGGAUUACCGAUCCUAGGCGGAGAGAAGAGCUUGACGCUGUUGGGUGGAUUGACGAGUUUUGGUGGCGCGGGCAAUAAUUACAGUAUGCACGCGCUCACGGCCAUGACGAGGGCGUUGAGAGAGAGCAAGGGGAAAACGGGGCUUGUGCUGUGUAAUGGUGGGGUCAUGAGUUAUCAGUGUGCCAUUGUAUUAUCAAAUGAGCCGAGGAAGGAAGGGGGGUAUCCAUUGGUCAAUCCGCUACCAGAGCAGAUCACUGAUGUGGGAGUUCCAGAAUUGGCAGUGAAAGCAGAAGGUGAUGCUAUUGUUGAGCUACAGACAUACACGGUCGAGUUUGAGAGAGAUGGGAGUCCACUCCGAGGCCAUAUUGUUGGACGAUUGAAGAGUGAUGGAAAGCGCUUUCUGGCGAACCAUGGCGAUGAGAAUACGCUACGACAAAUGGCUAGUGGCGCGUCGGAGAUCGUGGGCAAGACUGGAUGGGUGUGGCAGGAUAAAGAGAAGGAAGGAAGAGGGCUGUUCAGCUUUGAUAAACCGUCAAGAUUAUAG